CAGCGCUUGUCAGGUCUUUUCCGUAUCUCCCUCUGCUUUCCUAUCUCUUAACUUCAACCAUAUUUGCUCCUGUUUAUUUUGCUUGACAUUUCAUGUGGCAGCGGGUCUUAUUGUGUGUUGCUCGAACACAGGACUGCGCUGCUUGUUUGUUAACCCGUGUCUUAAAUAAAAUUUCGCUCCAUUCAGAAACGACCCGAAGAGUCACAGCUAGCCUCUGAUAGCCCGCUAACAGUUGUUCAGUUUUGGGGAUAAUAGCGUCGCUGUGAGGCAGCCAACCAGGCACAAAGGGUUGGUUCUAUGACAUACGACCAUCAACCCCGAUCAGAGGAUGUACCCGCCUUCCAGAAAGGACUUCAUCUCUCUGACACUCAGUGACCCACACAGUCAGACCUACAACAAUGGCAAGCACCGAAGGCAGUCCUGCUGGAGAAAAUGGAAGCAGCUGUCUCGGCUCCAGCGAAGCCUCAUCCUGUUCCUGCUGGCUCUGCUGCUCAUAUUGGGACUGCUCUCCUACAGCAGCAUCACAGAACAUUGGAGAGGUUUGUCUGACCAGGAGGACUGGCUAGAGUUGAAUGACAGAGAAUUAAAGGCCAUUCCUCCAGGUGUGAAGCCAGUGUUGGGUCAAACUGCAGGUAAAGCUCCAGCUCCAGUGGGGGGACCUCAUUUGCGGCUAACUGUUGUUCCAGAUGCUGCGGGAGAAGCCAGAGGACCAAAUAUCCCCAUACUGGUUAAGCCUCCAAUUAAGAAAAAGAUAUUUGCAAACAAAAGAGGUCCACCAAGCCUACAGAGAGAUGGAAAUGUUUCAGACACGGUCGGCAAGGAGAAGCAAGAGCAGGUGGUUCAAGAGGACGAAGGCGAGGAGGAGGAAAAACAAAAGAAGAUUGUCAGCUGGAGAGGAGCAAUGAUUGAAGCUGACCAGGCUACAGAACCUCCACCCUCAGCCAAUGAGAAAGAUGCAGCAGUGCCCCCAGCACCUGCCAACCCAGCUGACACUGUCCCACUAGAAGUUUCACCUGAAACUAGAGAGAGACUGGAGGCAGUAUGCGAUGCCUUCAGACAUGCUUGGAAAGGCUACAAGGACUACGCCUGGGGUCACGAUGAACUCAAGCCCAUCUCCAAAUCUUUUGGUGAAUGGUUUGGACUGGGUCUGACGCUGAUUGAUGCUUUGGACACCAUGUGGAUUAUGGGCCUAAAAGAAGAAUUUGCAGAAGCAAAGACCUGGGUAGAGAAAGAUCUGUCCUUUAACAAGAAUGUGGAUGUGAAUUUAUUUGAAACAACCAUACGUAUCCUGGGGGGGCUGCUGAGCACUUACCAUCUAACAGGAGACCAGCUUUUCUUGGAAAAAGCUAAAGACCUUGGCUCCAGAUUGAUGCCUGCCUUCAAAACACCUUCAAAGAUUCCCUUCUCAGAUGUCAACAUUGGAAAGGGAACAGCACACCCUCCCAGAUGGACAUCAGACAGUACGCUCGCUGAAGUCACAAGCAUUCAGCUGGAAUUCAGAGAGCUGAGCCGCCUCACUCAGGACCCACAGUAUCAGGAGGCUGUGAAUGAGGUAAUGACGCUGGUCCACAAACUGCCCGGCAAACAUGACGGACUGGUGCCCAUGUUCAUCAAUACCAACAACGGCCAGUUCACCCACAAAGGAGUCUUCACACUUGGUGCCCGGGCAGACAGCUACUAUGAAUACCUGCUCAAACAGUGGAUUCAGGGAGGCAAAACAGAAGACAAUCUGUUGGAGGACUACCUUGAGGCCAUAGAGGGAGUGAAAAAACACCUGGUGAGACAGACGGGACCCAGCAAGUUGACCUUUGUCGGAGAGUUGUCCCACAACCGCUUCAAUCCUAAGAUGGAUCACCUGGUAUGUUUCCUGCCAGGGACUCUUGCUCUCGGGGCCCACAAUGGCCUCCCAGGGGAUCAUAUGGAUCUGGCUGUGCAGCUGAUGGAGACCUGUCACCAGAUGUACAAGCAGAUGGAGACGGGACUGAGCCCAGAGAUCGCACACUUCAGCCUGCAGGCCAGUGAUGGGAGUGAUGUUAUUGUGAAGCCUGCGGACAGACACAACCUGCUGAGGCCAGAAACUGUGGAAAGUCUCUUCUACAUGUACAGAUUCACCAAAGACGCCAAGUACAGAGACUGGGGAUGGGACAUGCUGCAGAGUUUCAAUAAGUACACAAAGGUCUCUGGUGGUGGCUACACAUCCAUUAACAACGUCCGCGACCCACUUAGCCCCGGGCCCCGGGACAAGAUGGAGAGUUUCUUCUUGGGAGAGACAUUGAAGUACUUCUAUCUGCUCUUCUCUGAUGACAUGGAACUUCUCAGUCUAGACAAGUAUAUCUUUAACACAGAAGCCCAUCCUCUCCCCAUAUGGCCCUCUCCACCUAAGUGAAUACACUGGAGACAUCAGUGAAAAUAAGGCCCGUGGAGUCAGGUGCAUCUCUAAGUCUCCGUCCAAGCUGAACUGCAGAUCUGUGCUGUCUGCCUGAUAUGUAAAGGAGUUUAAUUUGUUUUGGGGUUUUUUGUUAAUUUUUCCUAAGGAAAAGGUUAGUGACAGAGCUGGUCUCUAAUGUAAAAAAAAAAAAAAAAACUUUUUAAAAAUCAGAUCAAGCUACCGGGAACACUUUUCUUUAGUACUUGGGUGACUGAGAAUCUUCUUGUUUGUUCGUUUUUGCCAUGUGAGUUCAAAAACUCUCAUUAGUCCUACAUAUUGAGGAGUCCUGGCUGUUUAGGUGUCUGUUGACUCUCAUGCUUGAAGGGCAGUGAUUGAAAUGUUUUGAACACGUUCAGCUGAAUUUUAUAUUUAAACAGUUGGCUCUAGUGUGAGUGUGGUGAGAUGCAUAGUUAUCUUUACACUGGCACUUAUUCGCAUAUAAAAAUGACACAGAAGUCAAAAACCCCUCAGGAUUUUGUUACUCCGUGUGGCCCUAUACCCCUGUGUGUGGGAGCUAUGGGCUACUGCAGCGCAGCACACAGGGGAUCAGUUUCAGGUCACAAGUCAGUGCCUAGUUGCAGAGGAAAUCAGAGUUUUCCUAAUACUGAACAUUUAUGUUUUUGAUUUAAAAGAAAAAGAGUCUUCAAGUAAAAUAUUAGGAGAAAUACCGAGUUUUACACCCUCAUGCUGUGCAGCUUCCAGCUGUUGACCUCCGUUACUUUUCAUUGCUCUUGUUUGUUUUUUGUCUUCUUCUAUAUCACUUUUACACUUUUAGCUGUGAUUUACAUGAUACUGCAAAAUAAAGAGUUAAAUGAAUUAAAGCUUCCUGAACAGCCAUAUCUGUGUUUGUAAAGAAAAAUGUGGCUGUUGUUUACGAUCUUUACAUUUUGUGUAGCAUUAAAGCAGUCGUGGUUCUUUAGGUGUUACCUGUAUGCCAGUAAACUGGCUCUACAGAUGUAAUAACGAUGUAAUAAGUCUUGAAUAAUAAUCUUGGCACAAGAAGCUUUGCAGUCUUUGUAGUCUGUGUUCUUUCAGAGUACGUGUUUGAUCAAACUUUGGUUGAAUGCACUUACUAAAAUGCAAUACUGUAACCACCACUCAUUUGAGCUUCUUGUGUACUUUACAAAAAAACCUGCAAUUAGAUCAUGGAGUUUUGGCCUGGAA